AUGCUGAUGGAGGAAUUGAUUGAUAAUGGAUCUCUAGGCAAUAUUCGCAAGAGCAGGAGAGCACCCAAGAGCUGUAUCCAAUGCUACAAGAGGAAGGUAAAGUGCAAUAAGAAUACCCCGUGUGAUGUUUGUAUCAGAAAGGGAACCGCGCAUGUAUGUGCCCGUGAACCUGUAAUGGUGGGAGGAAUUUUGAUGAACGAGAGCUCAUUGCCAAUUAGCGACGGAUCUACAGAGAGAAUACCUGAAUCUGUGUACGAGAAGGAGAUCGAGUGUCUGAAGAGAAAGGUAACCGACCUGGAAGAGCUGGUGACAAGAUUGUCCAGAGACAAAGAGGGAGUAGGGACCAACACUAAAGGUAGUGAGAACCGUCAUACAGAUCCUGUUAAGCGGGCUGAUCGAGAUCUUUAUUCUGUGACUGUUAACAUGCUAACUAGAGGACUGGUCAGAGGCUCAUAUGAUGACGAAGCGUUGGAAUUCAAAAGAGACGAAUGGAUAUACGAACACGAUAAGAUUAUUAGGUUCACUGACAACUCUGCUAAGCCAAUCAAAUUUCCUGAUAAUGUUGAUGUGGUGACGAAACCGUUCAGCGAGAUCUGGAACUAUUGGUUGAGGUUAGUCCAGUACCUGACCAAAGAACAGAGCUAUGUAUUGAUAUCCUUCAGCCUUGCGAGAUUAUCGGUUUUAGCCGGGGUAAUUGAUACAGAUGCAUUCUGGGAAGAACAUGAUCGUUUUUGGAAUACCUCUGGGCCCAAACACCUUCUUUUUGAAUACGAUAGGAGUACCGACCAGUACAUAUGGAUGUCACUGUGGUACGCAUUGUUAUGUGCGGGAAUAUACCAUGGAGAUGAAUCUCUACAACAAACCCUCGGACUGGACGAUGACAUGAUGGAUAAAUUCCCCAGAAUAUUUCUCGGAAGUUCACUGGAGUGUCUGUACCGCGGUCGGUUCAUGACAUUUCCUAAGGUCACUUCCGUUCAGACCAUCAUAGUGAUGCAUCUAUGUGGCCAUGCUUUUGGCGGAUCUCACCUAAUGAACUGUCUUCUAUCUACUGCUAUUAAUCUUGCUCGGUUCCAUAACAUGGACACAAUUGAGAAAUCGGGAGACGAUCUGGAAAUUGGAAAAAAAAUUUGGUGGAAUCUGGUGAGCUUAGAUUGGAGUGAUACCCACGGAAGACAUGCAAUAAUACCGAAAGGCUCGUUUACCACUGGGCUUCCUAAUGCGUACCGAAACGGCAAAAUGACUGUGGAUUGUCACUAUCUGCUUUUCCGGGCGACGGCUGCCCAAAUCAAGCGAAACUACUACUUCGAGGACAAAGUUGAAAGGACCACUCUCAACCUGGAGAUGUUAAAACAGGCCGAUUUAGAACUAAAACUACUGGCGAUGAGGACAGAAAUAGAUUUCAGAGACAAGCUGCCACAGAACAGCGAAUCUGAACUGGUGCAAUAUCUCAUACGAUGUACGAUAUCAUGUGAGAUUCUGGAGGUGAAUAGGAUGAUGUCUACGUUCAUGACCAAUGAAGAAUGGUCGUUGAAAUGUUCGCCUGAAUGUCUCAGAUAUGCCAUGGACAUCGUCAGACUUUACACAGACGAAGAGGUUCCUUUCAGAUUCAAGAAGAUGUCAAUUGUGCCCGAGAAUGUCAUCAAUGCUUCUGUGUUUAUAAUGGUAGACAGCUUGAUGAGACCAUUGAAGGACAAACAGUUCAGGAACUGCGUGGAGUUAAUCCAGCGGGUCAUGGGAAUUCUUGGAUCCUACAAGCAGGCAAUGAGACCGGCCAUACGUGGUAUCUUCGUCCUGGGUCGUUUGCUCGAGCUCAUGAGAAGACGACAAGGCGACAACGCAGGCUUCAGUUUCAACGACGUGGGGCUCGAUAAGCACCUUGAGUCGAUCAGAUCCUUGCCGCUGCCGUUCGGAAACCACGUGAUUCCGCUAGUACCCGAGCCCACAGUUGAAGAUGGCCCCGACGGUUAUGCCAACGCGAUUCUGGACACUUUGGACGACCAGGACUGGAAGGCCUUUCUCAACUCCGUCGACGACCUCGUCAUGACGUACGAUAUUGGCUUAGCGAGGGACAUGACGUCAUAG